CACUUGCAGAAGCUGCUAGUACUGCUGAAGUAGCUAAAGAUAAAUUUCUCAAAAUUAAUCUUAAUUAGAACUUUUCUAAAUAAGUGAUCAUGGAAUGGAGGAAGUGUUAUCUUGAUGCUGUACUUGUACCUCUGGCCUUUCUGGUAUCAGUGAGUUACCAUGCAUGGCUAUGGCACAGAGUUCGAAGCCAGCCGCUUUCGACCGUCGUCGGAACUAAUGCAAGAGGUCGCCGAUUGUGGGUCGCCGCCAUGAUGAAGGACAAUGACAAGAAAAACAUACUAGCAGUCCAAACCCUCCGCAACACCAUCAUGGGCUCCACCCUGAUGGCCACCACCUCCAUCCUCCUCUGCGCCGGCCUCGCCGCCGUCGUCAGCAGCACCUACUCCAUCAAAAAGCCCCUCAACGACACCGUCUACGGCGGCCACGGCGAGUUCAUGAUCGCCCUAAAAUACGUCUCACUCCUUUUAAUCUUCCUCGCCUCUUUCAUGUGCCACUCCCUCUCCAUCAGGUUCAUAAACCAGGUGAAUUUCCUCAUCAACACGCCGCAGGACGACGCGAUGGCGCGCGUGGUCACUCCGGCGUACAUUUCGGAGCUGUUGGAGAAAGGGUGCGUGUUGAACACGGUGGGGAAUAGGGUGUUCUACUCGGCAUUGCCGGUUUUGCUGUGGAUAUUUGGGCCGGUUCUUGUGUUUAUGUGUUCGGUGAGUUUGGUGCCGGUUCUUUAUAAUCUUGAUGUGGUGUUUGUCAAGGAAAAAGGGAAGGGUGGUGAAUUUGUGUGUGUUUAGAAGAGGUUAAAUAUUUUGUAAAUGAAUAAUUUCUUCCAAUUGCAAAAUAAUGAAGUUCCAUUUUAGUA